GACAAAUGACGCAAGUGGACAUCGCGACCGUCCUCAACAGCGACAUGACGCUCAAUGCUACCAAGGUGGAGGCCAUGGCCAAGCUCCACGUGGGGUCGUACUUGACCUCGCCGUUCGCCGAGGGUCCGGUUGGGUCCAAGGCGGGGUGGACGGCGACGGAGUGGCGCGCCUUGAUCACGUCCAUCCAGUUGAUCCACGCCGUGCACAGCAAACACCCGAUCCUGUACGGACUAGACUCUGUGCACGGCGCCAACUACGUGACAAACGCCGUCAUGUUCCCGCAGCAGAUCAACGCGGCGGCGUCGUUCAACCGCAAGCUGGUGCGCGACAUGGGGGACGUCACGGGUCGGGACACAGUGGCUGCGGGGAUUCCUUGGAUCUUCGGGCCAAUCCUGGACGUCCCAACCUCUAAGAUGUGGGCACGCGUGUACGAAACGUUCGGCGAGGACCCGUACGUGGUAGCGGAGCUCGGGCGCGCCAUCGUCCGCGGGCUCCAAGAUAACCACACGAUCGCAGCCUGCUUCAAGCACUUUAUUGGGUACGCAGCCACCCCCACGGGCCACGACCGCGACCCUGUGACACUGUCCGACUAUGACCUGCUCAACUACCACAUGCCACCGUUCGUCGCGGCCAUCGACGCUGGUGUGCUCACGGGCAUGAUGGGCUACAUGUCGGUCAACGGCAAACCCAUGGGGGUCAACCACAAGUUGCUCGUCAAGUUGCUGCGCCACGACCUUGCGUUCAAAGGGAUGCUUGUCACUGACUGGGCCGUCAUCAACGACCUCCACAACUUCCACCACGUGGCCGCGUCCGACCGCGACGCGGUGCGCCAGACGCUGUCACACACGUCCAUCGACAUGAGCAUGGUCGCAUCGGACACUCUCUUUAUCAACCACACCCUCGCCCUCCUAAAAGAAGAAAACCAGCUUCACGUCGCCCGGCUGCGCGAGUCGGUCCGGCGCAUCACGGCACUCAAGCUAUGUCUCAACCUGUACGAGGUCCCCGUGCCCGGCAAGGACGUCGUCGACUUGGUGGGCGACGCGGCCAGCCAACGACUCGCGUACAAACUCGCGUCCGAGAGUAUCGUGCUGCUCCAGAACGUCAACUCGACAUUGCCCAUCGCUGUAUCCAGUCGUAUCUUCCUCACGGGUCCAUCCAUCGCCAGUAUCGGGAACCUCUGCGGGGGAUGGAGUCUGGCGUGGCAGGGGCUGUCGUCUGACAACGCCUUGUUUCCGCACGGACAGACAGUCCAAGACGCGCUGCGCGUCGCGUGUCCUUCCUGCGCCAUCGAAGCCAUAUCAGGGGUCGAUAUCCACGGCGCGUAUACCGAAGAUGUGCUGGUUAAUGCAGUCAAGAAAGCCUCUCGGUCCGACUACACGGUCGUGGUGCUAGGCGAAGGGCCGUACGCGGAGAAACAGGGCGACAUUGACGACUUGGACUUGCCUCGCGGUCAGCAAGAGUACGUCCGGGCGCUGGCGGCCACGGGGACCAAGGUCGUGUUGGUGUUGGUGCAAGGUCGUCCUCGCUUGCUGCGGGGGCUUCCGGACGUAGUCCACGCCGUGCUGAACGCGAUGCUGCCGUGUGAGUUGGGCGGCACGGCCAUCGCCGACAUCCUCUUGGGGUCUGUGAAUCCGAGCGGCAGGUUGCCGUUUACGUACCCCAAGACUAUGGCGGACAGCGCGGUGCCGUACUACCACCGACAGAACCUCGGGUGCGUCGUGAACGAGACGUUUGGCGAAUGCGAGCACGAGUGGCCAUUUGGGGCGGGCUUGACCUACACGACGUUCGAGUACUCCAACGUGAGUCUGCGUGUGGCGGAGGGGCAUACCGUUGAUAUAAAUGUGACAGUGCGCAAUGCGGGGUCGGUGGCUGGCCAGGAAGUGGUGCUGCUGUUUGUGCGUCAAGACACUCGCCAAGGCAACGUGCCUGAGACAAAGCGCCUGAUCAAAUUUGAAAAGAUCCAACUGGGGGCUGGAAAUGCACAAGUCGUUCAGUUCCGAGUGGGGGCGACGGAUGUGGGCAUUUACACAAACACGAUUGGCCGCGGUCUGCACCGAGUUGUCACGGACGGGAAUUACACGCUCAUGUUCAAAGCAGACACGAAAUGUAAUUCGUCGAUGCCCCAACAACCACUGUGCACAACGUUUCAGGCUAAGACUGUUUCCACGUCCAAGUGGGAAUAUUCCUCGUAA